CCGGCGUGCGAAGGUGGCGGAGGCGGGAAGCUGGCAGUGGUUGAAGGAGCGGUUGCUCUUCUAGUCGGGAGGAGGUUGGAGGGUGUGGGCAACUAUGGUGAUGGCGGCCAAAAAGGGUCCAGGCCCUGGUGGCGGGGUCAGCGGGGGAAAGGCGGAGGCGGAGGCGGCCUCGGAGGUGUGGUGCCGCCGGGUGCGGGAGCUAGGCGGCUGCAGCCAGGCCGGGAACCGCCACUGCUUCGAGUGCGCCCAGCGCGGGGUCACCUACGUGGAUAUCACUGUGGGCAGCUUCGUCUGCACCACCUGCUCUGGCCUCUUGAGAGGCCUGAACCCCCCUCAUCGAGUCAAGUCCAUCUCCAUGACAACUUUCACGGAGCCUGAGGUAGUGUUCCUGCAGUCGCGUGGAAAUGAGGUCUGCAGGAAGAUCUGGCUGGGUCUUUUUGAUGCUCGGACAUCUUUAAUACCAGAUUCCAGGGAUCCCCAGAAGGUGAAGGAGUUUCUCCAGGAAAAAUAUGAAAAGAAAAGAUGGUACGUCCCUCCGGACCAAGUCAAGGGGCCCACUUACACCACAGGCAGUGCCUCCACCCCUGCCCAGGGCUCCAUGCCAGACGGAAAGCCCCAGAGGACACUUCUGGGGGAUCCUGUGCCAUCUGUCACAGAUGCUGCCGCCACCUCUAGCCAGUCUGUCAGCCAGUCUCAGGCUCGGACAGCCCAGGCCCGGAGCUCCCAGCCGCCUCUGCAUUCCGCUGCCAAGAAAGCCAGCACUGACCUGCUGGCUGACAUCGGGGGAGACCCUUUUGCUGCACCCCAGGUGACACCAUCCUUUGCUGCGUUCCCAGCCUUUGCGGGCCAGACACCUUCCCAUGGGGGCUUCGCCAACUUCGAUGCCUUCGGCAGCAGCUGUCCCAGCUCUUCUGCCUUCGGGAGCCUCCCUCCCGCCGCCCAAGCCCCCUUCCAGGCCCAGCCAGGGCCCACAGCCAGUCGGAUGCUAACUGGAAGUUACAGCUUUGGGAGCAGCCAGGUGACUCCGUUUGGUGCCGCUCCACUUGCAGCUGCCAGCCAGCCCAGCAAUCUCACAGAUGUGGGCAGCCUCUUGGGACCUGGGUUGUCCACUGGAGGUGUCCCUGGCAGCAUCUUUGGGAUGGCCAGCCAGGUCCCCGCACUCCAGUCUGCCAUGCCUGGCGGCAGCAGCACAAACCUUACCUUUGGAGCAGCCUACACCAAUCCUUUUGCCACGCCUGCAGCCCAGCCCCAGCUGCCUUCCACAAACCCAUUCCAGCCCAAUGGCCUGGCCCCAGGGCCUGGCUUUGGGAUGAGCAGUGCCGGGCCUGGCUUCGCCCAGCCAGUGCCACCCUCUGGCGCCUUUGCCAGCACCUUCCCCUCACCACUAUUCCCCCCGCAGACCUCGCUGACUCCGCAGCAAAAUGGCUCUUCCUUUGGGGACUUGGGACCCACCAGGCUGGUGCAAAGGCCACUCAGCCAACCAGCUGGGAUCUCUACCAACCCCUUCAUGACUGGAUCCUCACCAAGCCCAUUUGCCUCCAAACCUCCAACUACCAACCCAUUCUUGUAGCACUGUGUCUCGGGGGCCUCUUCCCCAUUUUCUGGAACCCCCCUGCUCCUUAAGGUUCUGGUAACCCCUUCCUUGCCUUGGGCAUUUCUGCGGGUCUGAGACCAGAAUGAGCCUGGCAGCAGGCAGGGUCCCAAGGAUGGUGGAGGUGCUAGUGCUUUGCUGGGGGCUUCCAGAUGAAUCACAGCUUGGGCCAGUGGCCCAGGGGCUUUCUCCUUUCUGGAGCCACCCCUACCAGGGGCCCCAGGAAGGAGGAAAAGUAGGGCUGGCCCAGAGGACCAAUGUCAGUGUGUUUUUCAAAUGACCAGUGACACAGAUGACCUCUUCUCCUGCCCUGGGCACACACAGUGGUUCUCUCACUUCCAGUCCAUCCAGGGGCAGAGAAAGGUGUGGCCAUUACUGACCAGCCUUCCCCAGCAGAGAAGGGCUCCUCCUCCCCUUCCAGCUUUCCAACACUGUGCUCCUCUAGAACAAAGGGGCAGGGUAUGAAGAGGAGGAGUGUGGACUGGGCCCGGCACCAGAGAGCCCUGGGGCUGAGAAGGCCUCUGUGACCCCCCUGGGCUGCACCUGCUUUUCUCCAUCUCCGUUCUUCUGCUUCUCCAGCGCCCCCAUCCUGGCACUCGGGAUGCAUAGUUUUACCUGCACACACACAUGCCUGACUCCUGUCAAGCACUUUACUUAUCUGUCAGUGUCAUGUUUGGAUACCAGUGUUUUAUAUUUAUACAUAGAGAGAAUUUUCUAAUAUAGCUUAUUAUAGAAAUAUAUAUAUAUAUAUGCACAUACAUACAUACAUAUAUACACACCCAUCCCCAGCCCUUCUCCCUUGCCCUUUAAUGGGAAUGCUAUGAACCCCAUCUGUGCCUGGACCUUCAAAGCCAGAGCCCAGGAGAUGGGGGAGGCAGUCACAUGUCCUGACCACCUCAGAACCUGGGCUUUUCCAGGGAAAGGCUUUGUGCAAUUGGCUGGGGAUUUUUUUUCUUUCCCAUGUGCCUCCCCUGCUCCCAAAUCUCUGCACCAAAGCUUGUUUGGCGAUGUUGGAAAAGAAUUGCAUUUGAAAGAAAAAGAAA